AUGAUCAAAAAUAUUCGGGUAUUUUCGAUGCCUGUAAUGAAUGCGGCUGGUCGGCCGCUAUCGCUAUCAGCGCUUUCUGCGCUUUUUGGUGACGUCAUCAGACAAAGUCCCGAGCGGCAACCGAACGCUGUUGGUAUUAUAUCGUCGGAUAAGCGUGAUCGAUGGGCAGAGAUCUACGAGCAACUCGAAGAUGUCGAGCGCAUGGCUCAUCCUUAA